GCUGUGUGUAUUAUAAAUAAUAUAAAAAAAGCAGUAGUGGCAAAAACGAACACAUGCGGGUAAAUAAAAGAGAAAAAAAAAAAAUAGCUGGUGGAGGAGAACAGACUCAGUGCUUGUCGUUUGGACUGCCGCACUUUUUUAUUUCUGGCGAUGCAAACUGAACCCGACCCUAAUUUCGCGCCUCCACCUCCUCUUGGCUUCUCAUCUUUACGCCUCAUGCAGACUAUGGCGAAGCCCAUAAUCGAGGAAGUCUCGGCUGAACAUGACAAACACAAAUCCGCUCAAGGGUCUGAUCUGAUUAUCAAGAAAUAUGAAUCUCCAGAAGCUGACCGAAGCAAAGACCGCACAAAGGCAAGCAAAGUAGCUAAUGCUUGUUUGACUUGCCGAGGGCGAAAGUUGAAAUGCGAUGGAAUGCACCCCUGUAGCCGAUGCCUGAAAUCCGGUAACAGCUGCACUUUCCCCGACGGCGUUACCCCUAGUCAACGGAAAACAGUCAGCAACGACGACUACAACUCUCUCGAGGAAGCCGUCGGAAAACUCGAAAAUCUGUACAGCAGUUUAUUUCAAGGUACAAGGGGAACCGAGCAAGCUCGAACUAUCCUGCUGGAGCUGUUAAAGUCACUUCCAGAGUCUUCCUCUGGGAGUCCCGUAUCGAGCCCGCAAUCGCCUUUUGAAGCUGUAACCAGCAACGGUCGAUCUUCUACCCAUCCGCCCAUGGGGAGUAAUAUAAGCUUUUCACUUCCUCCGUCUAAUCAGCCUGCAUCUGAACCUCUCGCCACCGCUGCACUUAAUUCCGUUAAUAUUGACGUUAUUCAAAGCUUGAGCUUCGCCCGCGGCCAGCAUUUCAUGGGCGAAACAGCUUUUUAUAUGAUGCCUGCCGAGGCAAAACAGCAAUUCCGAAGCAGUCCGACUACUGAACCACCGUUUCCUCGUAUCACAGCUAUGCCUCCCACCAUAUCCUUUGACGACCAAGUUCAUCUUAUUGAUGUAUUUUAUCAGCAUUUAAAUACGUAUUUUCCCAUCAUGAGCAAACCACUGAUGUUGAACCAACACUACGCCUUUUACCAUGGUCAACCAUCUUGUCUCUCUCCGUUUUUCAUGAAUUCCAUCUUUGCGGUCGCUGCUCCGUUUUCUGAAAAUGCCCGCCAGUACUGUCGGGAUUCCAAUGAUGGCCGUAAAGAACUCCACACUGCAGGUGAUCAAUUUCUGCAGUACGCAGUCCACAUCAGGGAAUCCUACAUGGAUGCUCCACGUAUCAGUACCAUUAUCGGCUUGACCCUGCUAUCUUUUCGGCUGGAAACAGAGAAGUUUAGCGAAAACUCUAUGCGAUCAUGGAUGCUAUCUGGUGAAGCUUUCCGCAUGAGUCAAGAUAUGGGACUGCAUCGCAACUGUGAGAACAUGGGCAUCAGCGCAUCUGAUCAACAACUCCGUUCUCGCAUUUUCUGGGCCAUUUUUUCCUUUGACAGGACAUUGAGUAUGAUGCACGGUCGUCCUCUAGCAUUUGACGAAAAAGAUAUUGUAAGUAGUGGUCUUCUUUGUUUUUUCCAGUCAGCCCCAGUUGCACAUGCUCAUGACGUUCGCUUGUUUGGCCCGCGUAGGACGCUCCGUUACCUGAAAUCGAACUUGAAACGGAUGCUGAUAUGAAGGAGACGUUGAGGCGAUUCUUGCAAUAUGUAAAGUUGAGCAAAGUAUCUGGUCGCAUCAUUAAGCACAAUUAUUCCCCUCAGUCUGGUACGAGGGCAUCCUACAAGGUAAGAAAAAACAUGUCUAAUCAGGCCACAAAAAAAAAUAAUUCGCCCGUCCGUUUCUUCGGGGGGCUGUUCCUACCAAGCCUUGUUUUUUUUUUAAA